AGUUCUCGCCGACCCGUUGACUCUCUUUCUGCGUCCUUGACGACACCAGGUUGUGGAUUUCACCAGAGACAAAAAAUUGUCAUCGCUGCAUAUAGAAUUUAAAUAAAGAUGCCGAGAAUUCGUUGUGUCGUGAACUUGAAGCUGAGAGCCGUGAGAGCGCCAGGUGUGUAUUUCAUGAGUCGGGAGGAUGUGUACCUCAGUGUCAGCCUGUUUGGACAGAACAAGAGCACGAGACUACAGAUUGCAGACUUCCCCAUGUAUAUACAACAAGACCUUCUGUUUGACAAGACAUACUACACCUCUUUGUUGUCAUCAGAGGCUUUGGACCGACUCAGAGAUGAGCUGGUUGUCGUUGAGUUGGUGCAAUUGUCACGAUAUGGAAGCUCGGUCAGACUCGCUUCGUACUCGACCAGUGCGAGGGACUUCCUGUUCCCAAUUCCAUCACGAUCUCUCUAUCAUUCCUCUUCAGUCAGAGAAAUCCCUCUACGCAGGCUAAUUGACUUUCCCGGUGAAAAUCCAAUCUGGUUAGAGUUUUCUACCGUUACUGACAUGACAGAGUCUUUGUUACCGGAGGCAGACAACAUUCUUUAUAGGCCCACACUGAGAGACUCGCUGUUGUACAAACCCACUCUGUCGGACAGAUAUGGAUUACGUCCAUUCACUGCGAUAGAGAGGCUCGACCUGGAGCGGACUGAACGGGCAUUACAGCGCAGUAAAUCCAUGGAAAAACUGGAGUUGGAUCAUCUCAGAGCACUCCAAAAAUCUCGGGAACUUGCAAAACUUGAACAGGAGCUGGAGACGAAGAGACGGGAGCGACUGGCCAGGGAACAGCUUGAAGAUUCCUUGCGUCGAUCCCGAACUCAGUACUUAGAAGACCUGGAGCUUGACAAAUUGAGAAUGUCAAGGAGAUAUCUCUACCUGUAACUCAGACCUCAUAGAAGCUAUGAUAUAAAGAAAGAUGUAGCUAGACUUUGAGGAGGAUUGAGGAAAUUGAGAGAAACCCUUUGUACUGUACGAGUAGUGUGCCCUAGUCAUGCUAGACUUUCUGUGGUUGGGGCUGUAGCGAGAGACUGGAACUCCACUCAGACUUUGUGCUCUGUAGUCAGCUGUUCUUCCAAAGACAUACAAAUGUAUCUAAAUCAUUGACAAUAUUAAAUCAUGCCUAGUGAUUUGUUGAUAUUACACCUGUUACUACUGAUGUGUAAUGGAGAUAGACCCCCCCCCCCCCCCCCCCCCCCCACCUAACUCAUUUCAUUGAAUCAAUUGUAUAAUUGUUCAAUUCAUAGUACUGACUGCAUGCACUUAGAAUACAGCACAGACUAUAAAAAGUUAAUUGUUAAUGUUAAAACUCUAAUUAAACAACUUUUCGUGGAAGGAAUACAUAUUAUUUUGAUUGUAUAGCUUUAUGAUAUUUUUAUUUGGGAGUUCUUUGUGCUAAGUUACACUAAAUGUUAAUCUUGCAUACUGAAUUUUUUUUUUCAUUGUGCAAUUAGAAAACGAGAUUGAAACCAAAAAUCAAAAAUAAGAAUUUAUAUUGUGGUGUUGUAUCUAUAUUCGUUAGUAUAUUUGUAAGCUCAUUGUAUACUGUUUAAUGAAAUACUCUGCGAUACAUUUUCAAUGCAUUCCACUUGUAACUCAGUGCUUUAAAUGUAUUACAUAUACAUGUAUUUAUCAUUAGUUAUCUUUUUUAUAAUGAAAUGAUUGUGAAAUCUUGUUUUUGUUUUUUGUUCUUUAAUGAUAUAUUAAUUGUUAACAAACUGGAAAAAUAUUCAGAAUUUUUUCUUUGGAUUGAAACAGGAAAAUUAUUUUAAAAUUUUUUUCUCUCAUAAUUUUAGUUCACAUUACUUACAAAAGACUCCUGAAAAUAUGCGAAAAUAAAGCAAAAUGAGUUUUGACUUAUUUUUAUGAAUAAUUUAAUAGCAUGAAUUGAGCACUCAUGGUAUCAGCUAGCUAGGUUAUAAGAUAAACAUGCACUCGCAACACUUCAGUAGCUUUAUUUAUUGUUAUCAUAUAUAUUUAAUGAUUUUUCACAGUUUUUAAUAUAAUACAUGUAUAUAUAUAUAUAUUAUUAUAUAUAAUUAAUUAUAUUAACAAAGAUUAAAAUAAAGAUUCACAAAUUUU